GUCAGCGUCCACUCGGUGCAUAUAUCAGUCAAAAGCAGAAUCCGAAUUCCUAUCUAGGACCAAACAGAACUUGUUAGAAAUAUUCUAAAAAUGAACUCACUCACCAUUCUCGCCAUCUUCGCCGCCUCCCUGGCCUUCUGCGCCGGCGAUGUGUCCCACUUGUCGCGCACCUACCUGCCUCCCGUGAGCGGCGGCUAUGGUGGCUACUCCUCCGGAUACUCCUCGUAUCCGUCGUACUCCAGUGGAGCUGGUUACUAUUCGGGCGGUCUUGGUGGCAGCUAUGCAUCGCCGGUGAUCUCGUCCAGCUACCGUAGCUAUGCGGUGCCGCAGUACACAUCGUAUGCCGCACCCUCGAGCACCUACUUGCCGGCAAAUACGGGCUACUCCGGCUACUCUGGAUACUCGGGCUACUCCGGUCUGGACACCAAGUACGGCAGCAAUGGUGGUUAUGUCUACUAAGAGGGGGAAGACACCUCCCAGCAACAAUGGA